GAGGCAGCCUCUUCCUGGUGGAUAAACAGUGACAGCUACAGGGCAGCCACCUAGACCAAGCGCACAAGCUCUGGCGCUGCCCUGGCAAACAACACCCAAAAUGGCUGCAGACAGUACACACAUCGCGCAGUUGACUUCUGAACUGUACUUCCUAAUAGCCCGGUUUCUAGAGAAUGGACCGUGCCAGAAAGCCGCCGAGACCCUGAUAAGGGAGGUGGAGGAGAAGGAGCUGCUACCCAGAAGGCUGGACUGGACGGGGCAGGAGCACCCGGGGACGUACAGAAAUUUGGUGAAGCUCUACAGACACCUGGCCCCGGACCACCUGCUGCAGGUCUGCUCCAGAGUUUGCCCGCUGCUGGAGAGGGAGGUCCCCGCCAGCGUGCCGGGACUCACCAGCCUGCUGGGGGCCGGCAGGCAGAAUCUCCUGCGCACCAGCAAGAGCUGCAAACAUGUCGUGUGGAAGGGUUCGGCAUUGGCAGCGCUACACUGUGGAAGACCCCCAGAGCCUCCUAUUAUUUAUGGGAGUCCACCCAAUAUCGUGGAGACGAGCUACAGCCGUCGACUGAACGGCUCCUACCGCCUCCGUCAGCUGGUGCCCACGGCGCUGUACCAACACAUGAAGAUGCACAAGAGGAUCCUGGGGCACCUGUCGUCGGUGUACUGCGUGACGUUCGACCGGACGGGCCGCCGCAUCUUCACGGGCUCAGACGACUGCCUCGUGAAGAUCUGGGGAACCGACGACGGCCGUCUGCUGGCGACCCUCCGCGGACACGCUGCGGAGAUUUCUGACAUGACCGUGAGCUACGAGAACACCAUGAUUGCUGCCGGGUCCUGCGACAAGACCAUCAGGGUGUGGUGCUUGCAAACCUGCGCUCCUUUGGCUGUCCUGGAGGGGCACGCAGCCUCCAUCACCUCUCUGCAGUUUUCGCCUCUCUGCAGCGGCUCUAAGCGCUACCUGUCGUCUACCGGAGCCGACGGCACCAUCUGCUUCUGGCAGUGGGACGCUCGCACGCUCAAAUUUGGCCAGAGACCCAGUAAAUUCACGGAGCGGUCCAGACCUGGCGUCCAGAUGAUCUGCUCCUCCUUCAGCGCAGGCGGGAUGUUCCUUGCCACAGGAAGCACUGAUCACAUCAUUAGGGUGUACUACUUUGGCUCGGGUCAACCGGAGAAGAUCUCGGAGCUGGAGUCCCACACAGAUAAAGUUGACAGCAUCCAGUUUUCCCACUGCAGCGACAGGUUUGUGAGUGGCAGUAGAGAUGGUACAGCUCGAAUCUGGCAGCUGCAGCCUCAGGGCUGGAAGAGCAUUCUGCUGGAUAUGCAGACCAAACUGCCUGGGAAGUACAACCCGCCUCCGCUGGAAGACAAGGUCACUAAGCUGAAGGUUACCAUGGUUGCAUGGGAUCGCCAUGACGGCACUGUGAUCACAGCGGCCAAUAAUUUGACGCUAAAGGUGUGGAACUCCAUCACUGGCAACUUGGUCCAUGUCCUGAUGGGUCACGAGGAUGAAGUGUUUGUCCUCGAGCCUCACCCGUUUGAUCCAAGAAUCCUUUUCUCGGCCGGACACGAUGGGAACUGCAUUGUUUGGGACCUGGCGAGAGGAGUCAAGAUCCGCUCUUACUUCAACAUGAUUGAAGGCCAGGGACACGGAGCGUUGUUUGACUGCAAAUGCAGUCCUGACGGGCAGCACUUUGCAGCCACCGAUUCUCACGGUCACCUGCUCAUCUUUGGCUUCGGCUCCAGCAGCAAAUACGACAAGAUUGCGGACCAGAUGUUUUUCCACACGGACUACCGGCCUCUCAUCCGAGACGCCAACAACUACGUUCUUGAUGAGCAGACUCAGCAGGCGCCUCACCUGAUGCCCCCUCCCUUCUUGGUGGACGUGGACGGGAACCCCCACCCCCCUCGAUACCAGCGGCUGGUGCCCGGCAGGGAGGGCUGCCGGGAUGAGCAGCUAAUACCUCAGAUGGGGGUCACUUCCUCCGGCCUGAACCAGGUGGUGAGCGAGCAAGCGGUGGACGGUUCCAGUCCUCUUGAUACCAUGAUUCAGAGGCUGCAGCAGGAACAGGACCAAAGGAGGGGAACGAACGAUGCGUCUGCUUCUGCAGCCUCUGGAGCAAACACCAGGGCCAGCAGAGGGUCUGUUGGUUCUCCUACAGAGGUACACUCCCCUCCCAAUGUUGGCCUCCGGCGCAGUGGCCAGAUCGAGGGCGUCCGCCAGAUGCACAGUAACGCCCCCCGCAGCCAGAUGGCCACGGAGGGAGACCUGGUUGCCUGGAGCCGCAGGGUGCUGGUCCCCGAGCUGGAGGACGCCUCUGUCCGGAAACAAGUGACCUGGCGUGAGGCUAAAGGAGACGAGGAGAUCAAUAUCUAUCAUUCAGAAAGGAGGAGACGAACAAUCCACUCGCUCCCCAAGGAGAGCCGGGUUCAGCCGACAUCGGAGUGUGCGGUAGACGAGGGAAGGAAGAGUCAGGGCAACCACGGCUAUCACACCCGUGCCGCCAUGGAGGAGUCGAGCCGUCAGAGCGCCGAGGCUGCCGAUGACGAUGACAGCACCUCGGAGGGAGAAGUGGAGGUUCGGCAAAUUAACGGGUACUCCUCGGAGGAGGAAAAGAACGAAGAGCAAAAGGAACCCUGGCCAGAUGAGCAUAGUAGCUCCAGCGACUACUCCAGCGACUACUCUGACUGGACGGCAGAUGCCGGCAUCAACCUGGAGCCGCCCAAGAAGAGCGUGAAGGUGAAGAAGAAAAACAGCGGCUCCGAGGAGGACGGGGACAAGAAGAAGGAGGGAAAGAAGGAGAAGAAGAAAGAGAAAGCAGACAAAGAUGGUGCAAUACCAAAGAAGAAGAAACCAAAGGAGAAAAGGAAGAGGACUGAAUUUCAGGAGCAAGGGUUAACGUUGGAGGAAUGGCUUCCCUCCGCCUGGAUCACAGACACAGUCCCCCGGAGAUGUCCUUACAUACCUCAGAUGGGAGACGAGGUGUACUACUUCCGGCAGGGCCAUGAAGCUUACGUGGAGAUGGCCAAACAAAAAAAGAUUUUCAGCAUCAACCCUAAGAAGCAGCCCUGGCACAAGAUGGAGCUACGGGAGCAGGAAUUGAUGAAGAUAGUCGGCAUCAAGUACGAGGUGGGUUUGCCCACACUCUGCUGCCUCAAGCUCGCCUUUCUGGACCCCGACACAGGAAAGCUGACGGGAGGCUCCUUCUCCAUGAAGUACCAUGACAUGCCUGAUGUAAUUGACUUCCUGGUGUUGCGGCAGCAGUUUGACAACGCUCGAAGACGGCAGUGGACUAUAGGAGACAGGUUUCGGUCGGUGAUAGACGACGCCUGGUGGUUUGGGACCAUUGAGAGUCAGGAGCCCUACCAGCCCCAGUAUCCUGACAGCUUGUUCCAGUGCUACAACGUCUGCAGCUGGGAUAAUGGAGACACAGAGAAGAUGAGCCCGUGGGACAUGGAGCCCAUCCCUGACGAAGCCAUGUUUCCUGAUGAGUUGGGCACGAGCGUCCCGCUGACAGAAGACGAGCAGAAAGAUUUGCUGUACGUCCCUCAGGAUGGUGAAUGGGGCUGCCGUACGCGCGCAGAGGAGUGCGAACGCAUCAUCAAAGCCAUUGACCAGCUCUGUACACUCGACGUGGCGGCACCAUUUGCCUUCCCGGUAGAUUUACAGGCGUACCCGACAUACUGCACAGUCGUGGCCUACGUCACUGAUCUCAGCACCAUACGUGAAAGGCUGGUGAAUCGCUUCUACAGGCGUCUUUCCUCUUUAAUGUGGGAGGUGCGUUACAUAGAGCACAACGCACAGACGUUCAACGAGCCCGGAUCGUUCAUCGUCACGACCGCCAAGUUUGUCUCUGACCUCAUGCUGGCGUUCAUUAAGGACCAAAGUCUCACAGAUCUCAAGCCUCUAUAUAAAACCAUGAAGAAGGCCACCUUCUCUGACUCGGAAGACGAGGAUGAUGAGGAGGAGGAUGAUGAAGACGUCAAUACUCCAGGAACAUCAACCCGAAACCAUAAGGGACGUCAGCCCAUGCAGCGGCAGCUACGGACCCGCCCUCGUUCUUACGAUCCUCAUGCCUGGAAAGGACGCUGUAAGGAGCUACUGGACCUUAUCUUCCAGUGUGAAGACUCGGAGCCCUUUAGAGAACCUGUGGACCUGCUAGAGUAUCCGGACUACCUGCAAAUAGUUGACUCUCCAAUGGACUUUGGCACCGUUCGGAAAAAGCUGACAGAGGGAAAUUACUCGUCUCCCAUUGAGCUCUCCAAGGAUGUCCGGCUUAUUUUCAGCAACUCCAAAGCUUACACCCCCAGUAAAAAGUCGCGGAUAUACAGCAUGAGUCUGAGGCUUUCCGCGCUGUUUGAGGAGCAUAUCAGCGCCAUCCUAUCUGAUUACAAAGCGAUCCACGGCAUGACGGAUAAACUGACCAGACGAGGGACGGACAGGCAGACACGGCACACUGCAGACAGACCAACGCGGCACACGGCCAAGAGGAGGAGGAGCGAGUCGCCCACAAGCAGCAAUGCAUCCAGCCCGGAGAGGAAAAGACGCGUGUCGUCCAGGGUGACCGCCAAGAGGGAGCCGUCCCCAGCUCCUUCACGGCCGCCGUCCCUCAGACAGCACGUCCCUGUGAAACAGACGCCUCAGCUGGUCAACGGGAAAGUGGACAGCCCUGCUGCAGGACGCACGCGUAGCUCUGCACGCCACAUUGCACACCCCUCAUCUCCUUCAUCCAAUAAUAUCACUAACAGCACAGCAGGCACAGGAGAAUCGUCUCGCUCACUGCGGGCCCAUAACUCGGUGCGAGCUUCAACGCCACCUGCUCCUGAAAAGGCCACCCCCCCUCCACCAGCAGAGAGUAGCGGCGGAAGCACUCGUCGGAAACUCAGGACGCCUGUGCGGCUCACGCCCGGUUCUCCUUCCAACCCCUCGACUCAAAACACGGCCCAUCUGAACGGCCACGGCAGUCACGUGACCCUCGGCGUCGGAAGGAGGGGCCGCAGGUCCAGACUGGACUCGCCGGUGAGUCCUCCCGAGGUCCCGGCGCCGGCCAGCCCCUCACGACCCAGAGGUCGCCCGCCUGGCAAGAAGAAGGGCAAAAAGAGCAAGCAGGAACGGGAGGAGACGAGACGGAGCGGCAGUCGUAGGAGCUCCACUCCUGAAGACGAGCUGGACCACUCCACGGGGGACGAGGGCGGUACAUCUUCCGCCCCGGAGACCUCGGCGCCGUCAGACUCCGGCGCGGCAUCGACGCCCAGACGACGAGGCCGACCCCGGAUAGUAAAACCUCCGGAAUCCGUUCCUCCCGCUGAAUCUCCCGAGCCCUCUCCGCUGAGAAGGAGCAGCAGGAGAACCAACGAAGAGGCCACGCCUCCCGUUCAGACUGCCUCUCAGCGAUGCGGUCAGAGAGAGUCUCCGAAGGAGGAGGAGGUGGAGGGGGCCAUGCGCACGCGCAACCAGGGCAGGCGCUCGGCCUGGUACAUGGAGGAGGACUCCGAGGAGGAGCAGAGGCAGUUGCUGUUCGAGGACUCAUCAAUCACCUUCGGGACGUCCUCAAAGGGCCGCGUGCGCAAACUGACAGAAAAGGCCAAAGCCAAUCUCAUAGGCUGGUAGAGAACAUGUGCGCAAGCUCGAGUGCUCAGAGGGCCGAGGGAUCCUGGCGGGGGCUUCAGACCGGAGGCGUUGGACGGAGCGGAGUCUCCCAGCAGCAGUAGGCGGAGACUGCGGAGAGAAAACUCUGCCGUUCCCUGUUCCCCUUCCCGUCAGUGACCCCACCUUCCUCUCUGGCCACUAAGCACUUCAGAACUGCAUGUUCAUAUGCUCCCACACCUCCUAUUCUAUUGAUCCAUGUUGGAUCCCACAGGAGCACACAGAAUCUGUCUCUGUGAAGGCGGCGUUUCUCACUUUGUCCGGCGAAUCUCUCCUCUGCCUGACCUUAAACACGGUUUGGAGUCAGAUUGGGCCAAAAAGUCAUUGGUCAGACUCACACAGACAGCUGGCCUAUUCUCCCCCUAACUUCAUCCUUUCUGUUUUUUUUCUACAACCUCUUCAUUUCUCUUUCUAAAACUUGAUGUGAUCAUCCCUCUGAUUUGGAAGUCUUACACAUAGGCUGAGCUGAGCGUGUCUGUCUGUGCUAAAAUACCAAAUGGCAUACCUUUGUUGGUACUGAACGUCGGUACAUUUAGUGUACUGUUAAUGUGUUGUUUUUUUGUUGUUGUUUUUUUGUUCUGUUCUGCAUGAUAAUUAGAAAGAGGAAGCAUCUUUUCUUCCUGAAAGCUGUUUUUCUACUGUGAGGCGGAUAAAAACGAUGUAUGAGUGAAAGGAGUCAUUCGUGCGUCUUUAUAUCAUGCCUGAAUGCGUCCUCUGCAUUAGCAAUACCUUGUGCCUUUACGUGUAAGGUGUGUGUGAGUGUGUGUGUGUGUGUGUGUGUGUGUGUGUGUGUGUGCGCGAAGCUUCCACAUGUGCAUGUUUGUCUUCAAACUGGAGUUCUGGAUGUAGCAGGUACCGUUCCGGACAUACGUUUGCACCCAAUCAUCACUGGGAUGAAUGUUAUCUUAAUUUGGGGCUUUUAUGAAGCAUUUGAACUGAGAAAUGAUGACAAGUUCAAGAAUUUGGUGCACAAUUUCACUUGUUUUUUUUUUUUUUUUUUUGUGGGGGUCUCUCUAGUCUACACAGCUUCAAAGUUAUACAUACUAGCUCAAAUAUUUACAUAUACCCCGACAAGGGUUGAUAUUAUUCUAAAAUGUUCAACCUUAUACCGAUACAAAGAAAAAUACUCGAUACGAUUUUCGUAUCACACAGAAGCAAUAGUUUUUGUUUUUUUUAAGACGCAGGGUUAAGAGCAAGAAGUGAUUAAUUUUACAAUAUGACUAACUUAACUAAAACUUUCUUAAUUCGGACAAAACCAACAAGGCAAAUUUACUUGUAUAGCACGUUUCAGUGAGAAGACAUUGCAGGGAAAAGCAUUGCAGUCAUAUGCAAGUUCUGCCUUUCUGGUCAUUUUGCAUUGUAUUUGCUGCAGUGAUCAGCAGCAGGGUUCCUACUUGUUUCUGCUCUUAUGGGCAGCUCCAGUCUGGCUCCACCACAACGUGUGUUAUUAGCCUCAAACAGCUUUGGUGGAGUAAUGGAGGAGGACUAACCGGUUUAUUUGGUUGCUUCACUAUCAGCUGAUGGAACCUUUUAUUGUGUUAAAGCAGGUGGCUUCAGUAAUAUUUGGACCGAUGUGCCUUAGAUUGCUAAUAUUCGACUGCGGCGCUUUUGCAGCUAACGCCAACAUUGUGACGUAAUUCUGGCUGGAUGUUUGACCAGACCUUUUAGUAGAGUUGGAUUUGAAUUGAUUUUGAAUUUCCUGCUACAGAAACGUCUUCUGUACGUUGUCCGUAAAACUCGGAAAGGGCUCCAACGUUUUUAAAGUUGGAGGACGUCCUUGUCACCACCCCAGUCUUUAGCUCACUUCCACAAAUUCAUGUCUGGUCGGGUAACUCAAAAAACGCUCCAAUCAAAAGAAACAUGGUGGCAAAACUACAAGAUUAGAUUCAUCCUAAAUCUACCAGGGGUAUGAAAAUUUUGAACUGUACAGUUGGACCUAGGACUUGCUCCAGCAGAACCAUGGACCCACAAAGAAACCAAAAGUGCUUUUGGAAUGGCUAAAAGCAGGCUUGAGAGAAGUUCCCCAUCAAAAUGUUACGAACUACGCAUAAGAGCGACAGUAAAAGGAAACCUGUGCACCCAACGUUUGUUUUUAGCCACUGAAAUCGUAUGUUUGCUGUUUUAUCAGCCCACCCUGAAAAAAAAAAUGGUUUAAAUGCAUCAUUGAACACAGAGUCAUUCAUGCCCAUCGUGAGUGGAUGCAAACGUCUGUCUGGCAACAUAUGUGCAACAGAAGGUGUGUGUGUGUGUGUGUGUGUGUGUGUGUGUGUGUGUGUGUGUGUGUGUGUGUGUUUAUAUGACCGAAGCGAGCGCGGGCUUUACUUGGAGCGUACAAACAGUGGCAGACAGUUUGAUCAUUGGGGAAAGCUGUCAAAGAACCGGGUUUAGAGCAUCUGAGAAGAAGGAAGCCGUUGACGUAAACCCAUCACAGAUCACGUCGAGGCGUUCUCUAAAUAAACCGUCUGUUCAUCCCGGAGGUCCAGGGGGGAGGUGAUUGGUUUGAGAUGCGCUCCCCAGCGGCCGCUGAUCUGCGCGGUCUUGGGUGGGGACUGUUUGUAUUCCUGAGGUAAACCUUUUGAAAAUGUUGAGAUGCUUCUAUGGGGACUGUAUCACAUUUCACAUGCAAACCUGUCUCGCAUGUUCUAGCACUUUGUUAUUAUUUGGAAGGGGGGGGGGGUGGUAUGAAAGUAUGAUUGAACUUUUUGUGAUGGAAGAACGACUUCACCUUUCUGAUCGUGUGCCUUUGCUACUCUGGCAUAUUGAGUCCUCCGUUUUUCCUUCCGGGGCCUUCUUUCGUUUGACGCCGGGACGUCCCGGUUCCGCUGACCGUCCGGCUCAGAGAACUGGACUUUGGGUUUAUCGAGAAAACAACGCUCUGACAUUGGACUCUCUCUUUACCAUACAGGCAAUGGGUACUGGGGUUUCUACAGAUGCAUCACCCCCUCCCCCCCCCCAGCACAGAGCAAGCGAAUGCCAAAAACCUGCAAAGCUUCAUCACGUGUCGUGGGAGCGACCGGAUGCUAGCACCUACACGCACCCGGUCCAUCUCACAGCUCACAUAAUACUGGACAUAUAUCCUGUUGCUCAUUGUUUGCUCAGUAUAGGUUUGUCAAUGCCAAAUUCUGUCUGUGGGCACUGAAGUUUUAGUACAUGGCUUUUGAAUGUGUUUCCUAACUAACCUUUAUCGUCUCCGCCGUGGAUGUUCAUUUAUAUCGGAUGUGUUUCCUGUCUCCCGUGUCCCUGCCAUACAAGACGACGUAGCGACGCGUCGCUCCACGGAGAUGCAGCAGAACGAUGCUUUAUGCGCCGCCACACAUAUGUUUGAGGAUAUAAUUCCGAUUUUUCUUUUUUUAUUAAUGGUCCAUAUCCAUAUAAACGUUUGUUUUAGAUCUGAAACGGCCAAAAAAAAAAAAAUUAUAGUGACUGUUUUUCUUGACAUAAGAGAUACAAAACAAAACAAAAAAAGUUUUAUGAUUGAGGUUUAAGUCUUUACCCAUAAAAACAAAUAUUUAUUUUGACUGCAGGAUUUUGUUGGCUUUAAGUUCAUGGCUUUUGUUUCUAACAUUAGUUUCCAAGCACUUUCUGUGCACAUGAACCUUUUUUAGAUCAUUUUUUUUAAUCCAAACGCGCGUUAGUACAGUAGACAGGCGAUUAUAGGAUUCUGUUGGUACCACUGCUAAAGAUGUUUAAAACAAAUGUAUAAAUUAGUACUUAUUUUUUUUAUAGCAGUAGCAUAAUCUCACACUGGAUAAUUUGUCACAAAUCAGCAAGUAUAUUUAUCCACUGUAUGGGGGGGCAGGGGGAGCAGACGCAGAGAGCGAUCUCCCUAGCUGGUCCAGAGUCCAGGUCUUCUCCUCAGCUCGCCUCUCUGGUUUUCUAUGGGAUCUGGGUCUGGGGCACUGAGAUGUUCUGAGAAGGUCGACUGUGUAUGCUGGGUGAACCGUUUCUGUGUUGAACGGGCCAAACGUUUAGAAACAUUCGCCUGAUAUAAGACCCAGGCAUGGCUUCUUUUCAGUUUACUGGCACGAGCCACCAGAUUUGUUUUUAUUCCAGAUGUCCUGGUACUUCCAUGAACUCGAACAAGGUCCCCAGGGCAUAUGCACACGAAUAAGGCCCGCAGCAUCAUAGCUCCUCCACCAUACCUACAAAUAAGAUACCGUUGUUGUUUUUAUUCCAAUUAUUUCUAGUGGGAUUGCUUCCCUACUAAAUGCAUGUAUGCAAAUUAAAGAAUGUAUUUUUUGUUAAAGUUGUUCUGUGUGAGAUUAUACUGCUGCAAUAAAAGCUGAACUUGAAGGUUUUGAUCCAUCUUUACCAGGGAUGCCCACAGAUUUACCCGCGUCUCUGUACGCGCCGAAUAACUGAUGUACCGACCCGAGGUUCUGCACCUGGAGGUACCGGGGGGGGGGUCAGCCAGCCAGCACCGUCUAAGCUCCUAAAGCGUCCCAGCAGUGCCCACGUCUCGACACGCUGAACGUCACGAUGUUAUUGCAUUUCAGACGUUUGGUGUAAAUCCCUGGUUCAGCGGUACAGCUGCACCGAUGCAUCCGUGAUUUCAUCAGAACAUGCAGGCAUUCAGUUAGAAGCCUCUGUAAACGUGUGCCCGAGUUGUGCUGCUUGUGGCGCCUGCCUGAAGCGCCUGUGUGUGUGUGUGUGUGUGUGUGCGUGUGUGUGUGUGACAGAGAGAGAGAGAAGUGGCUGCAUGGGAGCCACCAGAAAGCAUUAAGAGACGUUCUAAACUUUAGGUUUUACGGCGCUGUAGGAGAUAACGGAGUGAGAAGAAGGGGGAGGGGGUCUCUUUUAUGUGAAUUUAUUGAUGAAGUUGUCUUUGUUAGUUUGGAUACUUUUUUUAUAUAUAAAAGGAAGUGAUGCAAAAAAAAAAAAAAGAGAAGCAUAAAGCUAGAAUGUAUGUGUAGGGGAGUACUACUGUCCUGUUAGUUCAUACCGAUAUUUUAAGUAAAUAAACAGUUGUGUUUCCAUA